GGUUGCAUCUUAACGGCGGCGGCGGCUGCUGGAUGAGCAUCCGGAGAGCAGAGCGCGUCCGUCCCGUCCAGAAAGCGUCGCCUCGUCCCGGCGUCCCCGGGAGGGGGUGCUGUCCCCUCCGGGCCCCUCCGCUCUAGAGGGGGGAAGAUGCCGCUGCCCUUCGGGCUGAAGCUGAAACGCACGCGGCGCUACACGGUGUCCAGCAAGAGCUGCCUGGUGGCCCGGAUCCAGCUGCUCAACGGCGAGUUCGUGGAGUUCACGCUGUCGGUGGAGAGCACUGGCCAGGAGAGCCUGGAGGCGGUGGCCCAGAGGCUGGAGCUGCGCGAGGUCACUUACUUCAGCCUCUGGUACUACAACAAGCAGAAUCAGCGCCGGUGGGUGGAUCUGGAAAAACCUUUGAAGAAGCAGCUGGAUAAACACGCGUCGGAGCCCACCGUGUAUUUCGGCGUGGUGUUCUAUGUGCCGUCUGUGUCACAGCUGCAGCAGGAGAUUACCAGAUAUCAGUAUUAUUUACAACUGAAGAAAGAUAUCCUGGAGGGAAACGUUCCUUGUACCUUAGAACAAGCAAUUAAACUGGCAGGCUUGGCUGUGCAAGCUGACUUUGGUGAUUUUGAUCAAUAUGAAUCCCAGGACUUUCUCCAGAAAUUUGCCUUGCUUCCUGUGGGGUGGUUACAAGAUGAAAAAGUAUUGGAAGAAGCAACACAAAAAGUGGCCUUACUGCAUCAGAAAUACAGAGGGCUCACAGCUCCGGAGGCUGAAAUGCUGUACAUGCAGGAGGUGGAGAGACUGGACGGCUAUGGGGAGGAGAGCUACCCUGCCAAGGACAGCCAGGGCAGUGACCUCUCUGUGGGGGCAUGUCUUGAAGGCAUCUUCGUGAAACACAAGAAUGGGAGGCCACCCGUAAUAUUCAGGUGGCAUGACAUUGCUAACAUGUCCCACAACAAGUCCUUUUUUGCAUUAGAGCUGGCAAGCAAAGAGGAGACCAUCCAGUUUCAAACUGAAGACAUGGAAACAGCAAAGUAUGUGUGGAGACUCUGCGUCGCACGACACAAAUUUUAUAGACUAAACCAGUGCAGCCUGCAAACUCAGGCCAUCCCGGUGAACCCGGUCAGGCGGAGGUCAUCCUCAAGGGUGUCCCUGCCAAGACCCCAGCCCUAUGUGAUGCCGCCGGCCCCACUGCACUACAACGGCCACUACACUGAGCCCUAUGCUUCUUCCCAAGACAACCUCUUUGUGCCCAGCCAGAACGGAUACUACUGUCACUCGCAGACGAGCCUGGACAGAGCCCAGCUGGACCCCGGCGGCCGGACCCGGAACGGCAGCGUCUACAGCGCGCACAGCACGGGCUCCCUCAACAGCCCGCAGCCCUGCCUGCAGCCGUCGCCCGCGUCCUCCAACCCCAGCCUCCGCAGCCACCCGGACCUGGUCACGCGGCGCGUGCACCACGCGGUGCAGACGUUCCAGGAGGACAGCCUGCCGGUGGCGCACUCGCUGCAGGAGGUCAGCGCGCCGCUCUCGGCCCGCCGCGCUCCCCCGCGCAGGGGCAGCGUCGAGGCGGCGGCGCCGGCCCCGUGCCUGGACGCACUGCGGCUCGGGGACGGGGCGGCCGGGCGGGGUGGCCCGGCCCACGCGCACGCCAAGUCCCCGUCCGACGCCACCAUGCUGGUCCACAGCAGCGAGGACGAGGGCGAGGGCGGUGCCGGCGAGGAGCCUGUGGCCGCACCUCCCACACGAGCGAGUGCGUCCGGCCACCCGUGCCCCGCUCUGGGGCCCCUGCACAUCCUCGAGCCCCGAAGCCCCGAUACCGAGGCCCCCUGGGCCCGGAGAGACGGGCUGCUGACGCCGUCGGUGUCUGAGUCCGACCUCACCACGUCAGGGCGGUACCGUGCCCGGAGGGACUCCCUGCACAGGAGGCCGGUGUCAGACCUCCUCUCUGGAAGGAAGGACGUGGUGGAAGGCCUCCCACCCCUAGGGGGAAUGAAGAAGACCCGAGUAGAUGCAAAGAAAAUUGGUCCCCUGAAGCUGGCUGCACUCAACGGGCUCUCCCUGUCCCGCCUGCCACUGCCUGAUGAUGAGAAGGACAUGCCCGCCCGAGCCACAGAUGAUGAGCGGUGUAAAAUUCUGGAACAGCGGUUAGAACAGGGAAUGGUGUUCACAGAAUAUGAAAAAAUUCUUAAAAAACGGCUCGUUGACGGAGAGUGCGCGACAGCACGACUCCCUGAAAAUGCAGAGAGAAAUCGGUUCCAAGAUGUCCUUCCUUAUGAUGAUGCCAGAGUGGAGCUGGUCCCAACCAAGGAGAACAACACAGGCUAUGUCAACGCAUCGCACAUCAAGGUCGCCGUCAGUGGAAUCGAAUGGGAUUACAUUGCCACACAGGGACCAUUGCAGCAUACCUGUCAGGACUUCUGGCAGAUGGUAUGGGAACAGGGAAUUGCGAUCAUAGCAAUGGUGACAGCAGAGGAGGAGGGCGGGAGGGAGAAGAGCUUUCGGUACUGGCCGCGCCUGGGCUCCAGGCACAACACCGUUACCUACGGGAGGUUCAAGAUCACUACCCGCUUCCGCACGGACUCUGGCUGCUAUGCCACCACCGGCCUGAAGAUGAAGCACCUCCUCACGGGCCAGGAGCGUACUGUCUGGCACCUGCAGUACACGGACUGGCCUGAGCACGGCUGUCCUGAGGACCCCAAGGGCUUUCUGUCAUACCUCGAGGAGAUCCAGUCUGUCAGACGCCACACGAACAGCACAAGCGAUCCCCAGAACCCCAACCCCCCGCUGCUGGUCCACUGCAGCGCGGGGGUGGGAAGGACAGGUGUUGUCAUCUUAUCAGAGAUCAUGAUUGCCUGCCUGGAGCACAAUGAGGUGCUAGACGUUCCGCGAGUGCUGGACAUGCUGCGGCGGCAGCGGAUGAUGCUGGUGCAGACCCUCUGCCAGUACACAUUCGUCUACCGGGUUCUCAUCCAGUUCCUGAAGAGCUCCCGGCUCAUAUGAGCUCCCCGUUCCUCAAGGACCGUCGUGGGAAGCGUCUACAGUGGAAAGUACUCGCUUGGCUCACGCUCCCCCUCACACGUGGCCACGCAGCACCACCCAGGAUAUGCGUGGAGCACUGAAGGAACCAGCAGUUCUGGGCUGGGGGCCCUCACGUGGGAGAGGGCCUGGGGACUUGGGUUCGAGGGCGGCCCCUGCUCUGCCUGCCCGAUCUGCAGCACUUGCACCUGCUUUGAGGAUUGUAUUUUCCAGGCAAUCCUCCGUUUGACUGGAGCUGCGCUGGGAGUUCUGGCAAUUAUGACGGCGUGUAGAUUUCUAUCUUCAACUCAUUUUUGAUCAUGGAAUUUUAAGACUAAAACAUUUAGGGAUUUUCUUAGCGAGAAACUGAACUUUCUCGCAGCUGAUCACAGACGUGAGUGGCUCCUGUAACUUUGUAUUUAAAACCAUGUUACCUUUUGCUGCUUGUUAAAAACCUUCAGUUCUUAACAGUUUAAUUACCAAACCGAAAGCUCUAAGGAGCCUCUAAAAGUGUUAUUUUUGAAACAUAGAAAGCAUUUUUAUAAUGAGAACAUUUUUUAUCCUGAAAAUUCUAUAUUUUAUUCUAUAUUUUUUCCAAACGAGAGAGCAACUCAUUAAGAUACUGAACUGAGUCAGUUAAUGUGAAGGAAAGUCGGGGAUGAAGGCACGCCAUUGAAAUGUACGAAUGGUCGGAUUAACUGUUUUUUUGGUAUCGUUUGUAAACCUAAAUGAGUCUGAUUUUAUUGGUUGAAAAUGACGUGGAAAAAAUUGCCUAGGGUGGUUUGAAGCACUUUUUUGGGUCAAAAACAACAUCUGAGUUUUAAUAUGCGAUGCUUCAUAGAUGACACAACAUGGAUGUUGUUUCAGAAGAGGGAUUUGGAGGAGAUGAGGGCUUAGUACACGUAAGAUGAGGACAGGAAUGAGUGGAGUGGAGUGGAGUGGACGUGGUAUUGUCUAUGCGUGGACAAGGUACUGGGAGGAAGGGUGGAACUGGGAGUGUGGGGCAACCCCAUGGUGCUGGUCCAGGGAGCUCAAGGCCUGUCAUGUGCUGCAAUGUGCUCUGUUUCCUUGGAGUUCUUCUACCUAAACCUGUGUGCUCUUUUUUCAUAAAUAAACUCAGCUUUAUAUGCUCAUGAAAAGAAGCCUUCAAUAGGCUAUAUUUUCUUUUGGUUGAAGGAAUGGAAUUGUUAAUAAUAGUUUUGACCUCUUCUCCCAAAACCACAGCCCAAACCAGAGACAGCUGUGGCAUUAGAAGACUUGAAUCUUAGCUCCUUAAUCCCUUGACGUCACCGCAGGGGUCAAUUGUAGCUACUUAGCCCCCCCCCACCCCGCCAUGCAACUUAGGCACAGUGGAAAGAGCCAGGCUGAGUUAAGAGGGGGACAUGUCCAGCCCAGGCUAACAUGGCCUCGUCGUCGUCACUGAGCAGGUGAGGACUAAUGGGCACAUUUAGCUGAGGAGCUGUCUCCUUCUCCACCUCCUUUGGCUGUUUUCCCACAAUGGAAGCUUCCAGAAUGUCAGCUCUUGGUUUGUCUCCCCACAUUAUGGUAUUGUAGGCAUCAUUUGCGUUUAACUCACUAUGUCGUGCAGACUAAGCCUGUGUUGUCAGCCAGGAGACAAGGAUUCCUGCAUAAUGUGUGCACAAGCCUCAAUAUACCCAGAAAUCGAUACCUAGGAGGAAAAUCCAGAAGAUAUUAAUGAAAAUCAGUAUUCAAAGUGGGCACAUUUCUCACAUAGCAACAAAAUAAUAAUUUAAAAAUCAAAAGUCCUUUUAAAAGUUCUGUUUGCAAAACAAUAGAUCCAAGUGAAAAUAUUCAGAAAGAACUCCCCAGAAGACAAGAAUUAGAGUUGUGAAUGGCACUGUUUCCCAUCUCCAUACCAUAUAAAGGGCAGGAGUUUUUCAGCUUUUUUCCUUCUUGUGGUACAUUUUUUUAAAAAAUGAUUUUCUGUCAGGUUUAAACAUUUCAAAAUAUCCCAUUGACAACAUAUUGUAAGACAAAUCUAAUUAAAGAGUAAUAUAUGGUA